CGUAACUGUUCUAUUUCCCCGUUCGAGUCGGCUGUGAAUUCAACACGCUUUACCGAUAUUUAAAAGAGUGGAAAGUUCUCAACAAGAACAGCUCAUAUCAAAUACGAGGUUAACAUCCACCUGAACUAGACAAAUACACUAAAUCAAAAUGGAAAACCAAAAUGAAGGAAAACCAAUCAUAUUCACAGAUAAAUCAGGAAAUGAAUUUAAAGCGAUGGAAUUAGACGGAAUACCGCUACCACCGUUUCCUGAAGCGAUUCUAGGUAACUCAUAUGGAGAACAUUUCAGGAAGCUUAGAGAACUGAAUAUAAGAGAUAAUGAUGUCAUUGUGUGUGCUUAUCCCAAAGCAGGUACUCAUUGGAUCUGGGAAGUGAUUCAGAUGUUGAGAGGUCAAACAACAGAAUACCAUAAACAAAUUAAAGAGCAGCAAAUGUUAGAAGCUACGAAUGUUGAUAGAAUUGAAGCCGAACCAUCACCACGACUUCUUAAUUCACAUUUAUGGCCACGGCAUUUACCUAAACAAAUAUUUGAAAAGAAAACCAAAAUAAUUUACCUCACUCGUAAUCCUAAAGACACGGCAGUUUCCAUGUUUUUUCAUUAUAAAGCCGCAGAAAAAGCACUUAAUUACCAUGGGAAUUUAAGUGAUUUUGUUGAUCUUUACGUCAAUAAACGAUUACCUUUUGGUCUAUGGUAUGAUUAUGUUCUAGAAUGGGAAAGGUUCUUUAAAACAACUGAAAAUCCAUUUUAUCAGUUCUCUUAUGAGGACAUGCAACAGAAUCCCGUAGAUCAUGUAAAAGGUUUGGCUAAAUUUCUAGAAAUUAAUGUAUCUGAUGAAUUAUGUGAAGCUAUAGUAGACGCAUGUUCCUUUAAUAAACUUAAGAAAGCCAAUGAUGAAGUGAAAGAUGACUUUCUAAAACAUCUUUUGAAAGAAGGGUAUUCAAUGUAUAGAAAAGGUAAAGUUGGUGAUUGGAAGAAUUGGUUAACUGUGGCUGAUAGUGAAUCUAUUGAUCAAAUGACAGCUAAACGAAUGAAAGACAGUCAAAUACAAUUGAAAUAUACAAUUUAAAUAUAUAAAUAUAUAUACAUUGUUAAAACUAUACAUUUUUAUACAGUGAUUGAUAAUAGAGGUGAUAUUUUGUAGAAUUCAAACAAAAAAGCUCAACACGAUUAAGAAUUUACAUUAGUUGAGAACGUGGUUUUGUUUGUUAUUGAUAUUGAAAACGUGUAUACCAGUUCUUAAAAUUUUAAAAUAAAAUUAAGAAAUUUUUACGGACAAUUUUUAUAAUCUAUGUAUUACAAUUCUCCUGGUUCCACACAAGUGAACAUCCUAAAAUAUAAUGGCGUUUUAUUUUGAAAAUGACCGAAGUAAUGUAAUUAAAACUACCUUACUUUUCAUUUUUUUUUUAAAAUUCAGAGUUUGAUUCAUUGUUAAAGACGCCGAAAAUGCCACUGUUCGAACAUAUUUCCACUUUUUCAAUGUGCCAUUCAGAAGCGGAUUAUAGCGGAGUCACAGAGAGGCUUUACGUCCACUUGAAUAAACUAGGUCAUUUUAGGACUAACAUGGUUCAAUUUUCAAUUUCAAAAAUGUGUUGUGGGUACUGAUUCAUGCAGGUAUUAAAAGCAUAUAUUCCCAAAACAGUAUCCAUCAUUCCAGCCGAAUUUGAGUCUGGACAAAAGAGAAUUGUUAAUUGGCAUGCCGUAUAAAGUUCACGUAAUGACUUAUUUAAAUGAUUAUAGCAAGUAAAAUCCCAAAUUAACAUCUAGUGUUCUAGUGUUUUUGUGGUCAUUGAAGUGCGAUAUUAGAAGCAUUUGUGAAGCGAUUUGAUAGUAUCCGGUUAUCAUUAUUUGUGCUUGACAACGAUAAGAUUAAACUGGAUACUUAUCAAAACGUCGUUUCUGUGUAUAAUUAUAAUA